UGUGGACACAAACACAGUGUGACGUCAAUGAGUGCACGCAUUGCGCACUCAAUGAGAGUUUGUUUUGAUUUGCGGUUCAAAACACUGAACGUUCAGAUGAUUUGAUUCACCACUCAAUCCAUGCCUGAGACCAUCAGCUCAUCCAAUGGCUGAAGACAUGAUUCUUCCGCUUCUCGGCUACAAUGGCGACGACGAAGAGGAUGACACGACCGACAGCGACGAAGGCAUUGACAACGAUAUCAGCGACGACUCGGAGGAGCACUCGAGCGACAGUCGUGACCAACGCGUCCAAUACGACACAACCCUUCCGUCGCAACACAACUAUUUGGGGGACAAUCUGAACGAACUGUCCGGACGGGUAGUGUUGGACGAGACGUCGACUGUGAGCCUACCGCUGCUCACCAUCGAUAAGGUGGUGUUAGUGCCCUCACAGGUGCUGCCCCUACAGCUACACCACCCGACCAUUGUGUCGAUGAUGAGGCGCCUCAUCGACGGCCAGAGGACUGUCGGUGUCGUCGCCUCAUUCGAGCCAACGCUCGGCACCACCGCUGAGAUCAGGAGCUAUUCCGGCGAUGACGACGACGUCGAGGGUUUGCCGGUGUUUAGGGUGAAAGCG